UACACAUAAUAUAGCCCCUGAGGUGGAAUGGUGAUGUCUUCAUGAGGGAACCUCCUCUCAUUCAUCCUGUCAUGUGUAUCAUACUGUUCUUGACUGGGCCAUUCAUCUAAGAUGGGAUUUACCCUGUGAAACAGGGAGAAGACUUAUGGACCCCAAACAUCAUUUCAAGUCGUAGUUGAGUUUUUUUUAAAGUACAGACAUACAUGCAAAGCUCCUUUCCUUUGGGCCCUCUGCUUUGUUAAAGCUGCUGUGUUGCUAACCCAGAACUGCUCAAGUGACUGCUCAUCAUGGCUUCAGUUUGGAAGAGACUGCAGCGUGUGGGAAAACAUGCAUCCAAGUUCCAGUUUGUGGCCUCCUACCAGGAGUUGAUGGUUGAGUGUACCAAGAAAUGGCAACCAGAUAAACUGGUGGUGGUUUGGACAAGAAGAAGCCGAAGGAAGUCUUCGAAGGCUCAUAGCUGGCAACCUGGAAUAAAAAAUCCAUACCGUGGUGUUGUAGUGUGGCCUGUUCCUGAAAACAUUGAAAUCACUGUGACACUUUUUAAGGAUCCUCAUGCAGAGGAAUUUGAAGAUAAAGAGUGGACAUUUGUCAUAGAAAAUGAAUCCCCUUCUGGUCGAAGGAAAGCUCUGGCUACUAGCAGCAUCAACAUGAAACAGUAUGCAAGCCCUAUGCCAACUCAGACUGAUGUCAAGUUAAAAUUCAAGCCAUUGUCUAAAAAAGUUGUAUCUGCCACUCUCCAGUUUUCAUUAUCUUGCAUUUUCCUUCGGGAAGGAAAAGCCACGGAUGAAGACAUGCAAAGUUUGGCUAGUUUGAUGAGUAUGAAGCAGGCUGACAUCGGCAAUUUAGAUGACUUUGAAGAAGAUAAUGAAGAAGAUGAUGAGAACCGAGUGAACCAAGAGGAAAAGGCAGCAAAAAUUACAGAAAUUGUAAACCAAUUGAAUGCUCUGAGCAGCUUAGAUGAAGAUCAAGAUGACUGCAUAAAGCAAGCAAAUAUGCCUUCAGCUAAAUCAGCCAGUUCCUCUGAAGAGCUUAUCAACAAACUUAACUUUUUGGAUGAAGCAGAAAAGGACUUGGCCACUGUGAAUUUAAAUCCAUUUGGUGAUCCUGAUGUAGCAGAAUUAAACCCAUUUGGAGAUCCUGACUCAGAAGAACCAGUCACUGAAACAGCAUCACCUAAAAAAACAGAAGAACCUUUUUAUAAUAAUAGCUAUAAUCCCUUUAAAGAGGUACAGACUCCUCAGUAUUUGAACCCAUUUGAUGAGCCAGAAACUUUUGUAACUAUAAAGGAUUCUCCUCCCCAGUCUACAAAAAGAAAAAAUGUAAGACCUGUGGACAUGAGCAAGUACCUCUAUGCUGAUAGUUCUAAAACAGAAGAAGAAGAGUUGGAUGAAUCUAAUCCUUUUUAUGAACCUAAACCAGCUCUUCCUCCAAAUAAUUUGGUAAAUCCAAUUCAAGAACUGGAAACCGAAAGGAGAGUGAAAAGAAAAGCCCCAGCCCCACCAGCCCUCUCACCAAAGAUAGGAGGAGUAAAUGAAAACACAGUUAUUUCUGCAGGAAGAGAUCUCUCCACUUCUCCUAAGCCAAGUCCUAUACCAAGUCCUGUUUUGGGGCGAAAGCCAAAUGCUAGUCAGUCAUUGCUUGUAUGGUGUAAAGAAGUUACAAAAAACUACCGGGGAGUGAAAAUCACCAAUUUUACUACAUCAUGGAGAAACGGUUUAUCUUUUUGUGCAAUAUUACACCACUUUAGACCAGAUUUAAUUGACUACAAGUCUCUGAAUCCUCAAGAUAUUAAAGAGAACAACAAAAAGGCAUAUGAUGGAUUUGCCAGCAUAGGAAUUUCCCGGUUGUUGGAACCUUCUGAUAUGGUUUUAUUAGCAAUUCCUGACAAACUGACUGUUAUGACUUAUCUUUAUCAAAUCAGGGCACAUUUCAGUGGCCAAGAACUGAAUGUUGUCCAGAUAGAGGAGAACAGCAGUAAAAGCACAUAUAAAGUUGGAAACUAUGAAACAGAUACAAAUAGUUCUGUUGAUCAGGAAAAAUUCUAUGCAGAACUUAGUGAUCUGAAACGGGAGCCUGAAAUACAGCAGCCUACCAGCGGAGCAGUAGACUUCUUGUCGCAAGAUGACUCUGUAUUUGUAAAUGAUAGUGGGGUUGGAGAGUCAGAAAGUGAACAUCAGACUCCUGACGAUCAUCUUAGUCCAAGCACAUCCUCCCCUUACUGUCGCAGGACUAAAAGUGACACAGAACCCCAAAAGUCCCAGCAGAGCUCUGGAAGGACUUCAGGAUCCGAUGACCCUGGAAUAUGUUACAAUACAGAUUCAAUCCACGCACAAGUUUUGUUAGGCAAGAAGAGACUCUUGAAAGCAGAGACUUUAGAAUUAAGUGACUUAUACGUUAGUGAUAAGAAGAAGGAUGUGUCUCCACCCUUUAUUUGUGAGGAGACAGAGGAACAAAAGCUUCAGACUCUAGACAUCAGUAAUAACUUGGAGAAGGAAAAAUUAGAGAAUUCCAGACCCUUAGAAUGCAGAUCGGAUCCUGAAUCACCUAUCAAAAAACCAAGUUUAUCUCCCACUUCCAAACUUGGAUACUCAUACAACAGAGAUGCAGACCUUACAAAGAAAAAACGUACUUCCCUAAGGCAGACAGAGUCUGAUCCAGAUGCUGAUAGAACCACUUUCAAUCAUGCAGAUCAUUCCACAAAAACAGUCCAGCAUCGAAUGUUAUCCAGACAAGAAGAACUUAAAGAAAGAGCAAGAGUUCUGCUUGAGCAAGCAAGAAGAGAUGCAGCUUUAAAGGCAGGAAAUAAGCAGAAUACCAACGCAGCCACACCACUGUGCAACAGGCAGCUAAGUGAUCAGCAAGAUGAAGAGCGACGUCGGCAGCUGAGAGAGAGAGCUCGUCAGCUAAUAGCAGAAGCUCGAUCUGGAGUGAAGAUGUCAGAACUUCCCAGCUAUGGUGAAAUGGCUGCAGAAAAGUUGAAAGAAAGGUCAAAGGCAUCUGGAGAUGAAAAUGAUAAUAUUGAGAUAGAUACUAACGAGGAGAUUCCUGAAGGCUUUGUUGUAGGAGGUGGAGAUGAACUUACUAACUUAGAAAAUGACCUUGAUACUCCCGAACAAAACACUAAGUUGGUGGACUUGAAGCUAAAGAAGCUCCUAGAGGCUCAGCCACAGGUGGCAAAUUCACUUUCCAGUGCUUCACAGAAAGCUAUAACUGAGAGCUCAGAGCAAGACAUUAAGAAUGGCACAGAAGAUCUCCGGACUGAACGAUUACAAAAAGCAACAGAACGAUUUAGAAAUCCUGUUGUUUUCAGCAAGGAUUCUACAGUCAGAAAAACUCAACUUCAGUCUUUCAGUCAAUAUGUUGAGAAUAGACCAGAGAUGAAAAGGCAGAGAUCAAUACAGGAAGAUACAAAGAAAGGAAAUGAGGAGAAGACAGCGAUAACUGAAACUCAGAGGAAGCCAUCAGAAGAUGAAGUGCUUAAUAAAGGGUUCAAAGACACCAGUCAGUAUGUUGUAGGAGAAUUGGCAGCACUAGAGAAUGAGCAAAAGCAAAUUGACACCCGUGCCGCGCUGGUGGAGAAGCGCCUUCGCUAUCUCAUGGACACAGGAAGGAACACAGAAGAAGAAGAAGCUAUGAUGCAGGAAUGGUUUAUGUUGGUGAAUAAGAAAAAUGCCUUAAUAAGGAGAAUGAACCAGCUUUCUCUCCUGGAAAAAGAGCAUGAUUUAGAACGACGGUAUGAGCUGCUGAAUCGGGAAUUGCGGGCAAUGCUAGCCAUUGAAGACUGGCAGAAAACCGAGGCCCAGAAGCGACGCGAGCAGCUCCUGCUGGAUGAGCUGGUGGCCUUGGUGAACAAGCGCGACGCGCUCGUCAGGGACCUGGACGCGCAGGAGAAGCAGGCUGAAGAAGAAGAUGAGCAUUUGGAGCGAACUCUGGAGCAAAACAAAGGCAAGAUGGCCAAGAAAGAAGAGAAAUGUGUUCUUCAAUAGCAGCCGGACCAGAAUCUCCCAAUAUUUUAAUCCUGGGUCCCCCGACCAGAAAAUGU